AUGUUUUUUCUAUCAGCAGCAUUUGCUACACUCGCCUUGCUUACUAUCCGGAGUGCAUUGGGAGUUGUCAUCCCGGGUGCCAGCACACCUUUGUUUUAUUUUGUCUCAUCGUCUCCUAGUUCUCCGUCAAACCUUUUGCCACUCAGGAUGAACGGAGGCGCAGGAGGGUAUAGCACCUUAACCGGAACAGGCCCUAUUGGACAGUUCUAUUUUACUCAAGGCCGCCUUACUGCUCUUAACCCGGCAGGAUCCACGUCACAAACAUACAUGCCUGUUCUGGCGUCCCAACUAGGUUCUUCUGGAUGUAGCACAUACGGGCAGCUAGGAUUCGUCAUGGGUGCCAGUGCCUUUAGGUGUGCACGCUACGACGGCUUCCAGAUCCAGUCCAACAUUGAGAACAGUCAGCUUGGAGCCCACCUGGUGAUUAACUACGUCGGUGGAUUCUACGCCUGUGGGGUCGGUCAGGAAGUCUGGUAUAAACUUUCACCUGGAGAUGGGCCAAGUGACUGUUCGCCAAUCACAUUGUAUACAGUUCCUGUAACUGUGUAA